AUGCUCUACGCAACAAAUAGCUUGUAUUACAGAUAAUUCCUCACCACCACAGGAAAGAAAUCAAAAGCACAAUAUUAACCAUAGCAUUAAUAAACAAUUGCAAAGGGAUAAAACUCUGAGCAUCCAGCUGCUUAAAGUGCAUGAUUUAUAUAUUCAAAAUAUAUCACACAUAUAUUAAAUGCGAAGUA